GACGCGGUUCCGCUGGAGCCGCCCGUGCCGAGGGGACCGUUUCCUCUUAAAGGAGAAACGGCGCCGCGCGCGCGAGGUGGGCCCCGGCCCUCCGCGGCUCUCCGGGCCUGCGCGCGAGGCCGCGGGGCGCAGGCGCAGUGGGGAGAGGGCGGGUGGGGCGCGCAGGUAAGGCCUUGGCGGGGUGGGGGUCUGCGGGACAGGUGUGUCCCCGCGCUCGGCGAGCCUCACGGGGGCGGCCCGGGGUGGCCUCCGCUCAGGCCCACGCCCCCGGCCCUGACCGGGAAGAGCACCCCCCAGGUGCAAACCAGGCCACGACCACUGCCCCCCCAGAACCAGUGAAGGCCCCGUGCUUCUCCAGGGCGCAGCGUCUGUGCCCCCCACCCCAGCUGGCGCUCCCCCGGGAGAGCUUCACGCUCUGGUGCGUGACUCCUGUUGGGUCCGCGGGUCGGUGUCCUGACCGUGAUCUCGCGCCAGGCUGGCCGUCCCCCGACGUCAGGACAACUAGUGGCCUCCCAGCGGCCGGGCCCCCGCCCCGCAGGUCCUGGCGCCCAUGGCGUCCCCCUCGGGGGCAGACGCCACCCGCAGGCGGCGGGAGCAGCGGCGGCAGCUGGACGCGCGCCGCAGCAAGUGCCGCAUCCGGCUGGGCGGCCACAUGGAGCGGUGGUGCCUGCUCAAGGAGCGGCUGGGCUUCGCGCUGCACUCGCAGCUCGCCAAGUUCCUGCUGGACCGGUACACCUCCUCAGGCUGCAUCCUCUGUGCAGGUCCUGAGCCGGUGCCCCCCAAGGGUCUGCAGUAUCUGGUGCUCUUGUCGCACGCCCACAGCCGCGAGUGCAGCCUGGUGCCUGGCCUUCGGGGGCCCGGGGGUGCCGACGGGGGGCUUGUGUGGGAGUGCUCGGCAGGCCACACCUUCUCCUGGGGACCCUCUUCGGGCCCUUCACCUCCAGAGGAGCCCAAGCCCGUGCCCCUCGCACGCACUGCCCGGAGCAGCUGUUGCCCUGCGGCCAGCGGCAGGCGGCAGCCUGCAGAUUGGGAACCCGAGCAUGAAGAGCACACUCAAGAGGCGGGGCUGCCCAGGCAGGGAGAGCAGGAGGGCGAGGAGGAAGAGGACGGCGAGGAGGAAGAGGAGAUGCUGAGUGACGCCAGCCCCUGGACCUACAGCUCCACAGAUGACAGCGACCCAGAUGCCCCCAGACCACGCCCCUCCCCUGCCACCCUCACGCUGGGGGAGGAGGAGGCCCCCUCAGCCCCUGCAGCACCCCCUGCUCCUGCUACACUCUCUUCACCAGCAUCCCCGCUGGGCUCCGGCGCUGCUGUGCUGUCAGAACUCAGGGUGCAGCUGGAGCACGAUGGGGCCCCUCGAGCAGCCCAGCAGAGCGAGCCCCUGGCCAGCCCUGGAAGCCAGGCCCCGUCUGCUCAGAGCCCAGCCUGGGAUGAGGACACUGCACAGAUCGGUCCCAAGAGAAUCAGGAAAGCCGCCAGGAGGGAGCUGAUGCCUUGUGACUUCCCUGGCUGUGGAAAGAUCUUCUCCAACCGGCAGUAUCUGAAUCACCACAAGAAAUACCAGCACAUCCAGCAGAAGUCCUUCUCGUGCCCGGAGCCGGCCUGCGGGAAGUCCUUCAACUUCAAGAAGCACCUCAAGGAGCACGUGAAGCUGCACAGCGACACCCGGGACUACAUCUGUGAGUUCUGUGCCCGGUCUUUCCGAACCAGCAGCAACCUGGUCAUCCACAGACGCAUCCACACGGGAGAGAAGCCCCUGCAGUGUGAGAUCUGCGGGUUCACCUGCCGCCAAAAGGCCUCCCUCAACUGGCACCGGCGCAAGCACGCGGAGACAGCGGCCGCCUUGCGCUUCCCCUGUGAGUUCUGUGGCAAGCGCUUUGAGAAGCCGGACAGUGUCGCAGCACACCGCAGCAAGAGUCACCCGGCCCUGCUCCUGGCCCCACCAGAGUCAUCUGGGCCCGAGGAGCCCUGCCCCAGCCACUCUGCCCCCGAGCCCCUGGGUGCCACCCGAGGGCCCAGGCCCCCUCAGGCUCCAACCCUGCUCCCCCAGCAAUGAGCUGUCCCCUCAGCUGGGGAGCCAGACCCCAGGUUGGAAAAGGAUCCAGGAGGAGAGGGACCAGAAGAGAAUGCCAGGGGCCUGGGCCCUGGGACCACAGCGGCCCGGAGCGCAGGGCAGCUGGGCGACCUUGGUCUUGGACAAGGACGGAAUAAACCGCGUUGUUCCUGG